AUUCCGCUCUCAAAAACUCAAAAUGUCGGCCGAAGAAGACACAGAACUGAGAGAUUUAGUGGCACAAUCACUGGAAAGCAAAGGAGUUCUAGGGAAAAUAAGGGCUCAGUUACGCGCAAGUGUGUUUUUAGCCUUGGAAGAGCAAGAAGAAGCAGAGAACAAGGUUCCUCUUUCAAACCCAAAUCUGAAGAAGUUUUUAAACACUAGUGAAGGACGACUCGUGGCUGGACUUGUUAAAGAAUUUUUGGAAUUUUUUGACUUGGAUUUUACAAUAGCAGUCUUUGAUCCAGAGAGCAGUUUUAGUGAUAGAUAUCAAGGAAGAAAUAAUCUGGCAAAUGAACUCAAGUUACAUGAAAUGGAUAGAUUUGCUGGCAAGCCAUUGUUGUUAGAGGUUGUACAGCGAAUGUUACAUGGAAGCAGCAACAACAGCACUGCAACUUCACAUGUAGGAAAGCUUCAACUGUCAAUCGAUGAAAGCCAGCCUGCCAUUAAGAGCACCUCACGACAGAAUGGACCACUCAGCCCUCGCAGCUCAAGUCCUUCGUCUGUUAAGGAAGAAGAAAAAAGUCACUCAGAAUUGAUGAUCAGUGCUGGAUUUGAAAGUGAUGAUGAUAUGAAACCCAGUAAGAUUCCUCAGAGAAUAAAAGAGGAGAAAUCAGCUAGCCUCAGUCAUGCAAGUGAGAAUGGAUUAGAUUCGUUUAGGAAUGAUAAACUAGACAUGAAAGAUGACAAGUCACUAUCAGACUCCAGAAAAGAAAAGAGUGGAAGAGGAAGUCCAGACAGAACAAUUGAUAGUGAUGAUGAUGAUAUCUUUUCUGACUUCCUGACCAAGCCAAAGUCAACUUUACAAGCAACCAAAACAAAAAAGACUGAAUCUGAGAAAAAGUCAUUAGACAGUAAGGAAACAGAUUCUAAGACUGCUGGAUAUCUCGCCUCUCUUAAAGGAGCCCCUUCCCUGAGCAGUGGUAGUGGAGGACUUGGAUCACUUAAAGAUGCGCCACCCUUACCUGGAACCGCUGCUAAAGCCAAUAAACAAAUCCCCAAAUCACCAGAGUGGAAUGACUUGGCUGACAUUGACAGCAGAAUAAAUAAAUUAGGAUUUGAUAUUCCUGGCGAAGAAAAAAGUACAAAUUCACAAGAGUAUGACUAUGAAGAUGACUUCCAGGCGUCAAGUUCACACCUGAGCGACCAUAGCUUGAGCUUGACAGAUGAAAUCGAAGAACAGCUUAGUAGUUACCAUAGCAACAGCAGUAAGGCUGACGACCCUUUAACAACUGACCGUACAGUAUCUCGUGCCAGUGAUAAUGGCUUGGAUUAUGCAGAAGAUAUUUUAGAUGAUUUCUGAUCAUUUUUUCCUUGUGAUCACAAAAUUUAGAUUUGAAUUUCCRGUAUUAUUACUUUGUGACAAUGUAUAUUUAUAUAUAAGGGUGUAUAUAGUAAUGUAUGUGCACCGUAUCUUUGCUUCAGAAUAGGACAUUUGCAUUAUGAGGUCAUAUGCCACAACUACCAUAAUAUCUUGCACACUUUCUUUUCCUUUGAUUGAUACCAAAUGCCAAAUGCCUCAUUGCUCUCAUAAAAAAGAAUGGUAAAGAAUUCUUGAAAUUGUAUAAAAUGUUUCCACCUCUAAAUGUAGCUACAGUCCUUUCAUACUUUACAGUCAACCGCUCAUUUGUCAAAAGGACUUCAUUUGGACUUGCAUGUUUUUCCUAUUUCACACUAUUUCAGAUGAUUACUUCUUUUAAUGGUUUUAGAGAGCUUUUCCUGUGACCAAGACAACUCAGACGGUCUGAGUAAGAAAUGUAUUUAUCAAUGGAAGCCAAGAAAGAAUUUAGGAAUUUAGCAUCGAUGAAGGAAUACCGGAGAAAAACUCUCGAAACAAAAGAAAGACCUAAUCUGCCCACAUGCAAUGUCAAAUCCAGGAAUCAAACCCGCCAGAGUGCAAUACCGCUACACCUGAAGCGCGAAAAGCGUUUUACUAAGGUGACGGCAAAGGAACUUGAAUUGAAAAUUAUAUAUACUGGCUGUCAAAACAAAACCAUGCAAAACAAGUUACAGUAGGGGUGGUACUCUAAACUCGAAAUUGGCGCCGCAGUUUUUAUAAAACCAGAUUUUGAUUUUAUUUCUUGCAACGUUUGCAUCAAUUUUCUUCAAAAACUCGCCAGGCAAAUUCUAUUGAACGUUGCCUUGUUGAGCAGCACCUUUGUUAUAUAAUAUGUUCCUUAUAAACCAGACUUAUCAGAAAUAAUGUAAGUACACUAUGAUAUACACAUUUAAGAAAYGUCGGUCGGAGAUCUGAGUUGGGCGUUCUGAGACUGAACGGAAUUUUUUUUCUUUUAAUGUUGUGUGGCUAAAAUGCAAGGAAUGACAUUCUUAUUUGAAGGUUAUGCUUCAUAUUCCAAUCUAAAAGAAAACUACGUUGCUCUGCUAUGAAUGUAUUUUACGUUUUUUUAAGCAGUGAACUAUAACAUUUUUGUAUUACAGUGUUAUUACACUUACAUAAUAUUYCUAUCAUUGAUGUUUACUCGCUCACUUUCAUUUUUGAAACUUUUUGUAUACGCAUGGAUCUAUACUACAUAUAUAAUCACUAUUUUCCCCCUUCCUUUAUUGGUUACUAUUAGGAAGGACUAUAAGGGCGCUUUGGUUCACAGUUGCCACAAAGUGUAAAUGUUAUUAUUAUAUUUAUUAUAUUAUUACAUUAUCAAUAUUUAAUCAAGAGUGAAAAGAACAUUUUAUUCAUAUAAUGCUGGGCAAGGGGUGGGGAUUUGACCUUUUUGUCCAAAAAUAUGUCAAAACCCAGAUCCCUGUGAACAGUUUUAUUCAAAGGGUUGAAGGUGUUCACUGACCCACACUAAUUGUGAUGCAAAUAAAUCGGUAAAUUAUAGAUAUAUUUCUAGACAAAAUGUAAAACAUUAAAGCUGAGAACAAAGGAAAUAAAAUCCGAUUGCAUAAAAUAGCAAA